AUGAGUGCUGCAUGUGUUGGGGCUCCACUCAUCGUUCCCCUCGUGUUUCGUCCACCGAGAGCAAAGAACGAGAUCCUCACCUCCACUCCCGUAGAGAUCAAGUCAAAUACCCCUGGUGUGCAGAUCUACUACACUUUGGAUGGGACUAAACCUGACGUAGUACAGAGAUCCGGUUCAGGUGUGGGCAGUACUCAGAAGUACUGCAGUCCAGUCCUGCUUCCUGCAGGCCGGGUGUCUGUCAGGUCUGUGGCUGUCACAAGUGAUGGCAGAGAGAGUGCUGUAGUUACGAAGCGCUUCUUGGUGAAUUUAAAUGAGUCAGUGUCUAGGAAGGAGAACACAGAAGACAGGAAGGAGAACGUGUCCAGGAAGGAGAACAUGGAGAAUAGGAAGGAGAACAAGCAGACAGAAUAUUUCAGACAGGCACGUUGUGGAGAUUAUAUCACUCCCCCACUUCUGUCUGGGCAAAACGACAUGGUUUCCUGUUCCAAAUGUCACCGCAUGAACCAAUGGAAUGCACGCUACUGUGACUGGUGUGGCUCCAAGCCUCUUCAUACAGUCAGCUUGUUGUUGUGUUCCCGCUGUGGGGCGAGCAGCGCCCCCUGUGCCCACUACUGUGCUGUCUGUGGCAUCUUCCUGCAGGACCCAGCCCACUCCACAGGGGAUGCUGCUGAUCAUAAGCAGGUUUCAUUCAGCCCCUCCCUUGGAGCCCCCUGGCAGCCCCACCCCUCCUCUAGCCCCUCCCCAAGCAUGACAUUAGCCCCGCCCACAGUGGACAAGCAGACCCAGACUGUUGGGGUGUUCUUCCCAUCUGCCGCUGAACUCCGGAGGAGAGAACAGCAGAGGGCACUAGAGCAGGAUAGCCAGGACCAGAGGGGAGACCGCCGGGCCCUGGUCACAGCUAUCAGCCCAGGGAGAGGUUUUUGGAGGAAGCAGGUGGACCAUGUCUGCGCUUACCUGAGGAGUUUUACCCAAAACAACAUGGAAUUCAGGGCGCUGAUGGGAGAACCUUGUAUGGGUCGGAUGGUCUCUGCUGUGAUUCAGGAAGAUGAACAGGAAGUCAGUCUGAGGAUGAACUUUGUGUCGGCCGGAGCUGCAAGAAACCAGCAGGACAACCACAAGAAGCCGCACUCGAGAAGUAGGACUCAGAACCUGUCUGCAGUCCAGAACCUCAGCAGUGUCACAGAGAGACACAACCCCGAAUCAGCCAACUGUCCCACUCUGAAGACUGGCUGGUCGGCAGCUUUCAGAACAUCUCAUGACCGUGGUGCUGAGACAUUGGCCUGGCCACAGCUGAAGGACAGCCACCUGCUGGAGGAGCUGGGUCCUGGGGGGCGGGGCCAGAUCUCAGUAGUCCAACAGCUGAUUGAUGAGGGGGCCAAUCCCUGUUGCCAUGGCAAUGAUGGCCAUCCCGCUCUGGUGGUUGCCGUGAUGAACAGCCGCCAUGAUGUACUUCCUGUCCUGGUGCAAAGAGGAGCCGACGUCAACCAGCAGUCCGGACGGAUGAAUAAUACUGCUCUGCAUGUUGCCGCAUCUCUGGGAAGCAAAGGUCUGCAGAGUGUAGAAGUUUUGCUGAGCUGUAAGGCCAGCAUCAGCAGGAUGAACGUCCGGGGUCAGACGGCCUUUGACCUUGCGGUGACCUCUGGCUGUCCUGCUUUGGUGUCUCUGCUGGCUGCCCGGACCGGUCAGGACUUCCUGGACCAGCUGGUCCGACCCACAGCCUCUUUUAACAACCUGCUGGAUCCGAACCAGCCUGCUUCCCUCCGCCAAAACCAGCCGGCAACAUAACAGCAGCACUUCACAGAAGCAGUCUCUAUGUGUGUGUUGACCCAUGUGGUGACGUGUUUCUCUAGUGAUUAGCCACCAACGACCAGCAAGAAUUACAACAGGAUUGACAACCAUUCCCUUUCAGCGAUGGCGGCUCGCAAGUGACUAGACUAAUGCUAAUAUGAUCAAUUUCACAGACGACAGAAAUGUCCUGUGAAGAGUAAUAGUGUUAGAAACUCCUGUCGAGUAUUUAUAAGUAAUCAAGUUAUAGGAUAAUCCAUGACAAGUGUCUUGAUGCAUGCUCAGUAAUCCAGGUAAGAAGACCACAGAAGCUUGAAUCUGCUCAUCUGGACACAGCGUGUACUGACAGAUCCGUUUCAUGAAAGUGGCCUCUUCAGGGCCCAGAGACACCAAACCCACAUCAGAGGACAAGAGGAGACGAAGGCUGACUGUUGCGUCGCCUCACCUCCGGGUCAAAAAGUAGCACUUGAACACACUGCAAAGACAACAGCCGAUGGCCAACUAGCAUGUACGUUCUGCGCCUGCGUGACAGGAAAUAACUCUCCAUACCAACAGGUGGCGGUAGUCUGUAUUCUUCAUUCAAAAUUUGAAACCGGAAGA